UAUCCAGUGACGUUUCAAGGUGAAUAGCAGAAGCUCUGCUGUGAGAAGCAGGGUUUUUCGCAACUCUGUAUUUACUGGGAAUUGAUUUGCUUAUUCUUGCGGUUGAACCUGUCGGUGCAGCGCGUUUGCCAGCAGUUUGUUUUGCAAUUGUUUUUUUGUGACAAGUGAAGGAUAAUUGCCAGCGCCAGACUUUGACAAGAAACUCGGAUCUCAGGCUUGAUCCGACUGAUGCUGGUCAAAUGGCAGAAACUACAAAAGAAGAAGUAGAUGGUGGAAAUGAGGUUAAUGACCCAUCAGAAUGGGAUGAGGAUGCAACCAAGGGUUUGAAAAAUGGUGGAGAACAGAUGGAAAGUCCAGUCAAAGAGAAGAGUCUUGGAGUCUUGAAGUCAUUCAGAAGGAGUUUGAAAGGGUUCAGCCCUAAGACACAGAAAGACAAAAGCUCAGAGAACACAGACGACCAAAGCUCAAAUUCUCCAUUACAACCACCACAAUCUCCAAGUUUGAUCAGAGGAUCUCCCUCACAAUCUUCACUUCAGACUCCAAAGACCGAAAAAACUUCUCUUACCAGAACUGUGUCAGAUUCUGCAGUUGAAAUAACAGGUACACUGGCAAGGAGAGGGGCAUCGAUCCGGCAGAGCUUGGGUCUGGGUACUAAAAAAUACAAACAAGAACCACUUGAACCUGUCACAGAGGCCAUGACUUUAUCUGAAGAGCAGACUGAGGUCGUAGACACAGUGUUGGAGCUGAGUGACACAUAUACUCUGCCAGAGAUACCACCUAUGCCUUUGUCAGUAAUGGAGAUUAACAAACUGAUAGAGACAGAACAUUUAGAGGAGGCCUACGUGAAUCUACUGUCACUACGUCUGGAGCUUCAGCGGGAGCAUCAAGCUCUGGAUCAAGAAGACUAUCCCAUCGAACUUGUCAAUAAAGAGAAAGACCUGAGUCUGCUCUAUGGCACACUAAAGAACAAAAUGUCUGCCAUUGUAUGCAACUCCAGUGCUCUUCCCUCACACAAUAAAGAGCUGCUGGUGUAUGUGGCAUACAUUAUCCUGGAGGAAGAGAAGAGACGGGGAGAGCAAGGAGCGAUGCAGGGAUGGAGGGAAGCAUGGAAGGAUGCGGUACUAAACGGGGUUCGGGAUUCACUGAAGAAAGUUCCUCUGGACAGCCGCGAGAAGAAUGCUUCCUGGCUGGCAGUGCAUCUGGGGCUUCUGGGUAAAGCUGUGGUGGAGGAUUUGAAGAGAGUGAAGACUGAACUUCUGAGCUCAUAUCCAGCAGACUUUAAUGUGUUUGAAACCUAUGUGUCCUGCCACCAUGAGGCUGUAGGAGAGCAUCUAAAGAGACUUCUGGAAAAGGUGACAGAGCUGAAAGAUUACUACGCUCUUCUAGAUUUCAUUAUUCAUCACUACCCCAGUGAGAAGAUAAUGGGAAGCAGCUCUCUGCGGCCUGAGCUGAAGGAAGAUCAGAGAGCACUGCCAGUGGACAAAGAUUUCCUUAAUCAGAUAAAAGACAAAUACUGUGCACGCUUACAGGCUGACAUGAAAACAUCACUCAACAGAAUUAUUGACUUGGAGAAUGAGGAAAUGUGGAAAGAAAAAAGAAAACCAGUAAUUGAUGAGGGAAUGUACUGCUCACACAUUGACAUGGACAUCUGGACGAAUAUUAAAGGGCAUGUACAAGGAUCCAGAAGAAUCGAUGUGAACCUUGAGCAGAAGGUUGUGCGUUCCUGUUUAGAGGAACUGAAGACCUUUCCAAAACGGUUUGAGUCAGCAUUUGUUGAGUGGAGCAGUCCUCUCUCUAACUCCUCUCUCUGGGCAGAGUAUCACAUCAGCUACAUCAACAGCUUUAGUGCCCUGAAAGAGCACAUGGAGAGCUAUAAAGACACCUGCCCAAUUCAGCUGGAGUUGGUUCAAAAAGAAAUAGAUAGACUGACCACCAGUUUGAGUCAAGCUGUGAUGGAGAACUUCAAAACAGAUGUCAAGCCCUUCCUCAGGAGACAGAUGACAGGGAAAUGGUUUUCAUUUGAUGAAGACUUUUUACAGCUGAUCCACAGAACUAAGACUCUUUCUGAACAGAGCAAGUACAUGACCCCAAAACAUAAGCAGGCUUUUGUGAAUGAAACUCACUUUUUUGUGGUGAAAGAAUAUGUAUCUCAGCUGAUGAAGAAUAACUACUCAUGCAAAAACAGGAAGAAUGAGACAGCUGCCAGUAAGAUCACAAAUCAGUGGGAGGAACUGAAGGAGAUCUUCCAAGAUAUGAACUCCUCCUUAGACUGGCUCCACCCAGUCGGGAACCAGCUGAGCAAUAUCAUUGGGUGCAAAAAAAGUGAUGUAAAAAGUAACCUACAGCCAUUAGUUGAGAACUAUCCAGAUAUCAGGAAGGGUCAUCUCUCAGCUGUGCUGUACUUCCGAGGAAUUAUAAGAGGCAGGGAAAAGCAUACUAUACUACAGAAGCUGGCAGAGCUGAAACAGACAACAGGGAAUACUGGGAAUAGAGAGCAGGCUCUCUUUAGUGAGAUUCAAGCAGUGGUUAACACAGACUGCCUGGCUGGUACACCCUUCUCCUGUCUGUCCUUCAUUGGACCGGACAGCUAAUGCACUUCAUUUUAUUUGAAGUGGAAAUAAUCAUUGCACUGUUUGAAAGCGACCAUAUGUCUAAUGUAUGAGCAAUAAGGAAUGUUUUUAUUACUCUAUGAAUCCUUCAUAGUUUUGAAAUAUUGUUGCCUUUUUUUAGGGAAAUAGAUGAGGUAAAGAAGGGGCUAAAAUGUUUUUAGUGUGUUGUGAUCAUAUGUAUGCCAUUUGUUAAUGUUAACUAAUUAGUAAAUAAUGAUACAAUACCACUAGGCCUUAAAAAUGUGAUAUUUCUAGAUGCCACAUCCUAGUCAAGAAGCUUUCUCACAAAUGCAUGCCAGUUUCAGGAAUCCUCUACAAACUACUAUAAGCUCACAUUCAAUGUUAAAUUGAUGUCUUUCUGAUUGUCUUCACUCAGAAAUUGCUUAUUACGGCUGUAAGUAGUAAAUAAGUAAAAUAUGUUGUAAAUGUUGUGAACCCUAUCAAAACAUCUUCUCUACACCACCAGUGGUCUCUAUAAACAACAAACAGCAGUGCACUUCCCAAUAUCUACAUGCAUUAUUAUUCUAAAUUACUGAUCAGUUUAGUAUUUUUUCCUAAACAUGUCUCUCUGUUUUUAACAAUUAUUAUUUGAAAACGUUCAUUUGGUUUUCAAUUAAUUUUCGGGAUUUCAAACUUGGACUGUUUUUUUUAUUUUAUUUUGGCCCUCUAGCGGUUGAAGCGUAAAACUACAUGCUACUUGCGGAGGAAGAUUGUUGUUGUAAUUAUGUGACUUGUGCUUCAGCUCCGCUAUUCUGCGCGGAUGAAUCUGAUGGCUUGAGGCGCACCGCUGUGGCCAUGCUUACAGGUGAUAAUCACUUUAUUAGUGGAUGGUCACUGACAACAUCAAAGCUUCCCACAUUCCAGUAAAUAAAUAAAUACUUCUAUUUUUGAAAGAAAUAUCAAUAUCUGAAACAUAUAUUGAGUAGGAAAGCAGCUUAUAUACUUUUUGUUUUAAAAAGCAAUGCUGACAUUAUUGCUAUUCAUAUCAGGUAACACUAUUAAUAACACUAUUAAAUGGCUAGUAGGCUAUUUAUAUGCAAAU